CGUUUACAGAGAGAUAUGAGCCCAACGAUGAGAGGAAUGGAAGAUGAGUGUCAUCUUGUUGCUUACGAGAUUCAACUUCGUUUUUGAAAUUUCUGCAACUCGAAGCAAUUCCUUCUGGGACUAGGUCGCUCGUAGACUUUUUACAUGUUUUUUCAACUCUCUUAAGCUUAUUAUCAUUCCAAUUUCGUUCAAAUUUGACCCUUUACGAUGAUGUCCCCAAAUCUUAGCCCUGACGAUCGAGGCUCUUCUCAUGCGGCUAAUUUCAGGCACACUCCCUUGCAAAUAAUCCAUUUCAUUGGCAACUUCUUGAGGAUAUGGUCUGUGUAUUCCAUGUACAGCUAUCUGUCUCAAACAGGAGCUUCUGUUGUACUUUUUAUCUUCAGUUGUCUUGUUCCAUCAUCCAUCCUCUUUUUAAUUCUGCAAAAGCCAUGGAAGGGAAGGCCACUCUCAAAUACACAGGUAGUACCUUCGCUUAUUAAUGGUGUGAUUACAGCUUUAUACUACAUCUUAUGGGGAGUAGGCCUCAAAUCCUGUGGCCCUGUUAGGGCUAUUUUGGCAGAGUACUCAGGUGCUGUUCUUGGAGUUCUUUCUGCUGUUUUGUAUGGCAGAAAAGGGCAUAUUUGGAAAAAAAAAAUACCAUAUAAUGAUAGCGAUGAUACUGAAGGUAAAACACAGGAAAUAUUAAACAUGAAGAGCAUGAUAGCUCCUAUAUUUGCUGGAGUUUUAUCAGCAUUAAGAAGGGUAAUCACAAGACGUAUCUCACUCAAGAAUCAACUAAAAAGAAGGCUUCAUGCUAUAACAAUUGCAUCUGCCACUUGCUUUCUGUUUCCAGUAGCCAUGUGGGACAUGAUUGUAGGUUCUAGCUCAACCAAUGUGGAAUUACCAUUUUCUGUUUGGGCUUUUUCAAGCACCAUUCUCUUUGGUGUAAUAUUAAUAUUUUAUGUGGACAGCAUUGCUGAAGAAAGGCUGCAUAUGGUGUUCUCAUCUCCAAGACAUUUAAUGGUUGCUGGAGGAUGCUUAAUUCUCAUGGAAAUCUUUUACAAAAUGGACUUCUCAUUACCAGGCUUUUUGAUUUGCUGCAUUCUAUUGGGCUUUGGAAUAUACGAAGCAACUUCUUUGGAACUCAAAGUCAAAGGUCUCCUCUUCCAACUUGAUAUAUUUGAGACUCGUAUCUUUGUUAAUUGCAUGGAUUAUGUGUAUGUACAUCACGAGAGAGAGAAGAUUAGAAGCACGUGUUGCAGAAUUGAUAAUAUCUUUAUAUUCACAAGAACUCAAGAAGCCAAGAAAUUUACUCAUGAAGAGAGCUCAAGUGAUGAAAAUGAAGUGAAUGUGAAAGUUGAUUACUAACCAACUAUUUUGAGUGUUAUUACAAGAUUAGUCACUUUUUUUUUUCACAUUUUAAUGUAUGGGAAAGUAACCAACUAACAAAUUUGUUCAAAUUAUACCAAUAUGACUUUCAAC